UAUGAUUAAUUUAUCUCAGCUAUUUUAUUUCAUCGUCGCGUCCCAUUCCACUCCCCCGAGAUCAAAACCCUCGUCAAAGAAUAAUCUUCCCCUCUCGCUUGUCGUCCGCUGCGAGAUCGAAAUACGCGAUCCACUUCGCUGUGGAUCCGAUCUGGGGUUUGUUUCGAGGAAAUGGAAGAGCCUGGAGGGGAUGAUCCGACGGAGGAGGGAGAGGCAGCGAAGGCAUCGGUGCUGCUUAAGCGGGGCCAACGAAUGGGGAUUAUCUCGCGCAUAUGGAGGAGGAUCUUUGGAGUUGGGAACGAGGAUUACGAGAAGAAACUGCAGCUCUUGUCCAAGGAGGAGGCGGUAGUCCAUACUAAGAUGAAGCGGAGAGCUCAGUCGUCUAGGAAGAGGGCUAGAAACCUCAUCAUGUUAUCCAUGACGUUUGAGGUUGUGGCAGUUGCUGUUGCUGUUACAGCAAUAAGGUCACUGGAUUUAACUGGUCCUAUGAAGUUCUUUCGAACUUUGCCUGCAAUUCUUCUUCCGGGCUUGUCUUAUGUUGUCUACUCAUUGCUUGAAUGCUUAACAAGGAUGUUGGAUCGCAAGGAUCAAAAUACCCUAGAAAGGCUUCGUGCUGAAAGGAAAGCAAAAAUUGAUGAGCUCAAGGAAAGGACAAACUAUUACACCACUCAGCAACUUAUCCAGCGGUAUGACCUAGAUCCGGCUGCACAGAUUGCUGCGGCAACUGUUCUGGCAUCUAGGCUAGGAGCAGAGUCUGGUUUGAACGUCCAUAUUGGGGAUGAUCCCACCAAAACAACCAGCACUACCAAAAGCAGUGGUAUUGAGCAGGUGCAAUCUGGUGUUUCCAGGCAAAGGAAACACUCUUCAGCCAAAAAGGGCACAACUCAGCUCCCUGAAAGUUCCAAUGAUGUUGCUGCUCCUGGUCAGAUGGUUGUCGAACAUUAUAAAGGUUCAGGCACUACUGAUGGAGGGUGGGUAGGCCGGAUAGCUGCAUUGCUUGUAGGCGAGGAUCCAUCAAAUUGCUAUGCUCUCAUAUGUGGUAACUGUCAUAAACAUAAUGGAUUGUCUAGGAAAGAGGAUUUUCCACAUGUAACUUACUAUUGUCCUCACUGCCAUGCUUUGAACACAUCAAAGCAAAUAGGCGAUCAGGAAUUGCUGGUCAGUGGUAGCCAUUCAAGCUUAGUAACGAGUGCUGGAGCCAAGAACUAUGUGGCUGAAAGCAUUCAAGAAUUGCCUGAAUCUGCUGCUGAUUGAUUUCAAAGAGCUAUCUGCAAUGCUACUGAAAUUCCCGAGGCUUUGGAGCUUCUAAGAUCGUUUACCCUUGUGAGAUCUUAGAUACACAGCUUGAAAGGGAGGAAUGUAGUUAUUUAGGUGAGGGCGUUUUAAAGAUGAGCUGUUGUAAAUUUUGUUAUUAUUAUUAUUUUUUUAAGUGGGAAAAGCAGAAGAUUUAGCAUUGUGGUCUUGGAGGUUUCAACUUCUGUAGUUGCCUCUAACGAAAUGAGAUUAGUUUUUUGUUUGCUUGAGUGACGAUCAAACUUCUGUUAUAAAGGUUUGGGAUCGGAUAUUUAAUCAGCAUUUGAAAUCAUUUGACAAGUUCUUAAUUAUAAGUUUAUGAUUGUUUUUA